AUGCUUUCGCGAGUGUGUAGGGCGUUUUCUCCCUCACGUUUCGUGACAAUCUUAAAGUUACCCGUUUCCACGUACCACGAAAAAGUAUUGGAUCAUUAUGAGAAUCCUAGGAACGUUGGUUCUCUCGAUAAGAAUGAUAGGCACGUUGGAACAGGACUUGUUGGCGCUCCAGCUUGUGGUGACGUGAUGAAACUACAAAUUAAGGUAGAUGAUAAAGGUCGAAUCGUGGACGCAAAGUUCAAGACUUUUGGCUGCGGUUCAGCUAUUGCAUCGAGUUCCCUUGCAACCGAGUGGGUGAAGGGUAAAACCAUCGAUGAAGCCUCGAGCAUUAAGAAUACUGACAUCGCAAAAGAACUCCGCCUCCCUCCCGUCAAGCUUCACUGUUCUAGUAUGUCUUUUUUGUGCCUUCAAAUGAAUUCUAACUGCUUACAUGUCAAGCCACCAAACUGUCGAAACAUGAGCGAGUAA